UUCAAGAGUCAUUAUUUUGUUUUUUUUUUUUUUUUUUCAUUUAUCGUAGUGUAAAGAUCUCAAACCUAUGGCAGGAUUUUACAGAAUCCUUACUUUGGUGAUGAACCUUUUGAUGUUGUUUCAACUAUGUAGCAACGUAUAUUGCUCCACAAGCAACUCAAUCACCAGAAACCAGAUGAUACGAGACGGAGACUCACUGAUCAGCGAGGAUGAAAGCUUUGAGGUUGGUUUCUUUAGUCCCAAGAACUCAACCUUAAGGUAUGUCGGAAUAUGGUACAAGAACAUCGAACCUCAAACAGUUGUCUGGGUAGCGAAUCGAGAGAAGCCAUUGUUGGAUCACAACGGAGCUUUGAAGAUUGCAGAUGACGGGAACUUGGUGGUCGUGAAUGGUCAAAACGUAACAGUUUGGUCCACAAGUGCUAAACCCGAGUCAAACAACACCGUUGCUGCUCUGUUGAAAACAGGGGAUUUGGUUCUGUCUUCAGAUUCAGACAGAAACAAAUGGUAUUGGGAGAGUUUUGACAAUCCAACAGAUACUUUCUUGCCGAGUAUGAGGGUGCGGGUGGAUCCUUCACUGGGAGAAAACCGCGGUUUUGUCCCAUGGGAAUCCGAAAGUGAUCCUUCACCAGGAAGGUAUUCAAUGGGGAUUGAUCCUAAUGGAGCACCAGAGAUUGUGAUUUGGGAAGGGGAAAAAAGGAAAUGGCGUAGCGGACCGUGGAACUCGGCUAUCUUUACCGGUAUACCGGAUACGUACCGAGUCACAAACUAUAUUCGAGGGUUUAAGCUCUCUCCUCCUGAUCGAGAUGGUAUAGUGUAUUUCACUUAUGUUACCAUAAACAGUUCUGAUUUCUUGAGGUUUCAGAUUAGGUUUGACGGUGUACAAGAGCAGUUUAGAUGGAACAAGGAUGCCAAGAACUGGACUUUGCUUCAAAAGAAACCGGACAAGGAAUGCGAGAACUAUAACCGUUGCGGUAAUUACAGUGUAUGUGAUGAUAGCAAAGAGUUUGAUUCCGGUAAAUGCAGUUGCAUGGAUGGUUUUGAGCCAGUUUAUCAGGAUCAAUGGAACAACAUGAAUUUUUCCGGUGGCUGCAAGAGAAGAGUUCCAUUGAACUGUAGUCAGAGUUUGGUUGCGGAUAAAAGAGAUGGGUUUAAGGUACUAAAGGGAAUGAAGUUGCCUGAUUUUGGAUCAGUUGUUCCACUUAACAACUCAGUAACUUGUAAAGAUGUAUGCGUGAGGGACUGCUCUUGUAAUGCUUAUGCGGUUGUAGGAGGGAUCGGAUGUAUGAUUUGGACCCGUGAUUUGAUGGAUAUAGAGAGGUUUAGACUCGGUGGAAACUAUAUUAUUAUCCGGCUGGCAGGUUCUGAACUAGGAGGUGGAAAGGAGAAAUCGAAAAUUUGGAUAAUUAUUGUCAGUGUUAUAGGUGCAUUCUUGCUAGGAUUAUGCAUUUGGAUCUCAUGGAAAAGGCUUAAAGCUUUCUUGUGGAGGAAGAAAGAUCUUCCAGUUUCCGAUACCAGAGAUAACUCGGUUACGUUCAAAAGCUCACCAAUCAGUGUUCUAGUAGGGGAUCAAGUUGACACACCCGAUUUGCCAAUUUUCAGUUUCGACAGCGUAGCCUCAGCAACAGGAGAUUUCGCUGAACAAAACAAACUUGGACAGGGCGGAUUCGGUACUGUAUAUAAGGGAAACUUUUCAGAAGGAAGAGAGAUUGCGGUGAAGAGACUAUCAGGGAAAUCUAAGCAAGGACUGGAGGAAUUCAAGAACGAGAUCUUACUAAUCGCGAAACUCCAGCAUCGGAAUCUUGUUAGAUUACUAGGAUGUUGCAUUGAAGACAACGAGAAGAUGCUUCUCUAUGAAUACAUGCCAAACAAGAGUUUAGAUCGCUUCCUUUUUGAUGAGAGUAAACGAGGAAGUUUGGACUGGAGAAAACGAUGGGAGAUCAUUGGAGGAAUUGCUAGAGGAUUGCUUUACUUGCAUAGAGACUCAAGACUAAAGAUCAUUCACCGUGACCUAAAAGCUAGCAAUAUCUUGCUAGACACGGAAAUGAAUCCAAAGAUUUCGGAUUUCGGUAUGGCUAGGAUCUUCAACUACCGACAAGACCAUGCCAACACGAUCCGAGUCGUCGGCACAUAUGGUUAUAUGGCUCCGGAGUAUGCAAUGGAAGGGAUAUUUUCAGAGAAAUCUGAUGUGUAUAGCUUUGGAGUGUUGAUAUUGGAGAUUGUGAGUGGAAGAAAAAACGUUAGCUUUCGAGGAUCUGAACAUGGAAGUCUCAUCGGUUAUGCGUGGUAUUUAUGGAGCCAAGGAAAGACAAAAGAGAUGAUAGAUCCAACGGUGGAGGACAGUCGAGACGUAGCGGAAGCGAUGAGAUGCAUCCACGUGGGGAUGUUGUGUACACAAGACUCGGUCACCCACAGACCAAACAUGGGUUCGGUAUUGUUGAUGUUGGAGAGUCGAACGGGUCAACUUCCACGUCGGAGACAGCCUACCUUCCAUUCGUUCUUAUACUCCGGUGAGAUUGAUGAACUAAACUUGGAUGGUCAAGAUGUUGCCACGGUCAACGAUGUUACUUUCACCACAAUUGUUGGUAGAUGACUCUCAUUGACCAUACGUUAUUCUUCCCCUACGCUCCUUUGACUAUUCGUCUUUUUUCCCAUAGAUUUCAACCUUUCCACUUAUAUAAAACUAGCAUACUGCAUACGUAAUUGGAUCUGUACAUUGAGGAGAAGUAAAAAAAAAAAACAAGUCGGAUUUGUACACUUGUUGUUUGUUUGGGUCAACUACGUACUGAUUUGUGAAAGAAAAAGCGCUUAGUCAA